AUGGAGAAGAUUCUUGAAGUUGCUAAACAGAAUGAGAGAAACAGAACAUGCGUGGUUGAAGUAGGUGUAACCAAAACUAUGAUUAUGGUCAUUAAAAAGAAAUUCAAACAAGGAAACACCAUUGGUUUGGAAGAAGCUUUGAAAAUUACUCGUCUUUUGUGGAAUGAAGCAACGAUCAACAACAGGGUGAAACUUUUGGUUGGCAAAAACAUGGAUUUCAUGAAUUUGUUGACUUGGAUUUUGAAAAUUUACAUUGAUAACAACAAUUUCGAGAUGCUAAAUGAAGUUAUGCCAUUAUUGAAGUUGACAAUUGAUGUUGUAGAUUCAAACCUUUUAAGAAAUUUAAACAUUGAAUUCUUCAUAACUUUCUCCAAACAAGCUAUUCAUUCAGUGUUACAUGUGCUUAUAGAGACAUGCCCGUUGGGUGGAAGCCGAACGAGGAUCAUGGAAGCGGAUGGAAGAGAACAACUUUUUAGGCACGCAGCAGACAUAGCGAUGAUUUCAGUGAUGGCGUAG